AUGUCUAAUGAUUAUGAAAAAAAGAGGUCUGCCUUAACAGUAUCCACAGCUUCUAUUGAUGCAUAUUCUGAUGAGUUGAAAAGAAUUGAAAAUAAAAUUGAUGUACAACCAAUUAAAGGAUGGAUGAAGAAGAAAAGUCCUGCUCUUCUUAAAGGUUGGCAAAAGCGUUACUUUAUGCUCAUUGAAAACUAAUAGGAUGGACCCUGGAAAUUAGUGUAUUUUGAUAAUGAUGUAAGUCAAAUAACCUGAAUGUAGAAAACUGAUACUAAGCCUAAUGGUGCUUUUGAUUUAUCAACAAUUACAUCCAUUAAUUAGAUAUCCAAAAAAGAAUUCACUAUUUAAUUUCCUGGUCGAAAUCUAGAAUUAAAAGUUAAAACUCCUGAAUUGUGUCAAUAAUGGAUUACCACUCUAAAUUAUCUAAGAGCAACCACUUCUCCUCAGAGAACAAAGAGAUAAGUUAGUAUGGAUUCAGUUGUAAAGAUGGCAGACGAAAGUCCAACUAAGAGUAUGAAAUUUCUCAUUUUGUAGUAUAAAACCAUAAGAUUGUGGAUACUUAUACAGCUCAAUAAGCAUAAGUGUAUAAGGAGAGGCAACGUAAUUCUCUACUCAUAGACUUGUCUAAGGGAGAUAAGAAGAUUAAGGAAAAACAAAAUAUCUCUUAAUUAUCAAAUGAUAAGAUGAUUGAAUUAGUUGGUUUGAAAGAAUUCUUUAAAAAUAUGAAUGAGUAAUUUAUUUAUCAAAGAAUGAUUUAUGGCUAUUUGAGUAAAAGAAGCAAAGGAAAAGUAAAGUACUUUUAAAAACGUUGGUUUAUUCUAGUAUCAGCUAAACCUUUAGUAUUUAUUAUUUAAUAAUCAUAGUAUUCUGAUUAUAAUGAUGAAAAGAUAUUGCAUGAAUCUUAAUUACCUCCUUGGUUAGAAUUGGAUACAAUAACUUAUUUUAAAUAAAAAGAAGAAGGAAAACCUCCUAAAUCUAAAGGAGAUGUCAAAAUGUUAGAUUGUUAAGAAAUUAUAAUAAAAAAUAUGUCAAAAUCAAAAGAAAGUGGCUACACCUUCAAAUUAAAUAUGGGAGAUAGAUUAUAUCAUCUUAUGGCUGAUUCUGAAUUAGAACGUACAAAAUGGCAAUCUGCUUUAAGUGCAUCUAUAAGAAUAACAAAAGAAAUUAAUAAUCCAUUAAAAAUUAAAAUUAAAAAGAAUAUUGAUCCUUUAAUCAAAUUAUAUGAUGAAGAAACUCAAUUGAUAGCAAGAAGAGAAAAGAUUCGAUUAAAAUUAGAAUAGGAUAUUGCAGCUAUCUUAACAGAAGAGGAUGUUGUUGAUCUAAAUAAAUUGAUUAAUUAAUUAACUGAUUUGAGAUAAGAUAUGUUAGAGUCAAUGUAAGCUAGUAUAGUAAAAGAUCCUUAAAGAAAAGAUAUAGUAAAAGAAUAUACAGAUAUUUAUCAUGAAAAGAUAUGUGAUAGAAUUACUAAAUUUUGGGAUUAGUUUUAUAUGAAAUUAUAAGUAAUAAUAAAUUCAUAUCUUAUUUUUAGUCUCCAGAAUUAUUAUUAAUAGGAUAAUGGUUACAUGAAUAUUUAUUAUAGAUGAAGGAUUUCUUUAAUGAUGAUCGUAUACUCUUAGGAGUUAGAGUACUUCUAAAUAUCUAUGUAAAUCGAUCACUUGAAAGUUUGGAAUCAGUUAUCUAUUAAAUAAUUGAAUAGGAAAGAAUAUAAGAACCAUUCUUAAAUGAUUAAGAAUAAUUGAUUACCUAAACUCCUGUUGAUUUGUUCAAAAUUAUAAACGAAGGUUUUGAUAUGGCAUAUAAAUUAUGUUCAUGUAAAGAAACUGUACUUAGAUUUGGAGGUUUUGGCAAAGUUAUCUUAUAAUAGUAUUAAGGAGGGAUUCAAGAAAUCAUUGAUGAAUAUUAACUCUCGAUAUCUAAGUUUGUAGCCAUAUGUAAUAAUACAUUGGCUUUACAUGAUAAUACAAAACAAUAUUCAAAAAGACUAUAAACUUUUGGCAAUUUAAGUGAUGAAGAAGUUGAAAAAGUAUUUGAUGGAUAAAAAAUUACUAAGAAUUUUGUUUAAAUAGCCAGUAAUUGUAGAGAAAGAAUCUUCAUAUUUUAUUUCAGUCGUGUUGGUACUCAUUUUAAAAAGCAUUAUCUCGAAAUUAAGAUUAUAGAUACUCUAAAAUCAAUAAUAGAACCAGCCACUGAAGCAUUAUCAUAAUUACAUGAUAGUUUUAGUAGAAAAUUAUGGAAAUAACUCACUGAUUCAAUAAUUCUCUACUAUUUUAAUUAAUUCAUUAUAUCUUGUAGUAAAGCAAAAAAGGAAUAAUAAAAUGAAUUUAUAAGAAAAUUAGAAAAUGAUAAAGAAAUCUUAUUUUAAGAAUUAGAAACAUUUAUUUUUGAAAAGUAAUUGUAAGCAGCAUUGAAACCUUUUGAUGAUAUGAUAUCAUUUUUGAAUGAGGAAUCUCUAAGUAUUUUGGAUCCUUGUAAAAGUUUAAGGUAGUAUUUCGGAAGAGCAUUUUCUGAAAAAACAAUAAAAUCUAUUAUGACUCUAAGAUUUGAUAUGGAUAAAGAAAAAAAGAAAGAGACUAUUGAAAUUUGUAAGAAUCUAAUUGAUGAUAUUAAUAAAACUUAACCUAUUGAAGAUGACACUAUUAGAAUUAUAGAUUUCUUAGGUUAAGAGGAUGAGGAAUAAAAUACUACUUAACUUUAAUAGCAAGAAUAAGUAUAAAGAAGAGCAGAUAUUCGAUUAGAUUUUAAUGAUAAUGAAAAUUAAUAUGUAAAUAUAAAUUAAUUUUGUAGAUUCCUUAAUAAUAAUAAUAAUAAAUUUAAAUUGAAAAAGAAGAAUAUAUAGAUGAAGGUUAUUUAUAUAAGAAGAAACCUAAAUCAAAGGCUUGGGAUUAUAGAUUUGUUAGAAUUAGAAAAGGGUUUAUGUAUUGGUAUAUAAAUUCAAAUUCAAGAGAAGCUUAGAACAAAAUUAAUCUUUAAAAUGUUGAUGAAGUUAUUCCAAAUCCUAAAAAGUCUACAAAUUUUAAGAUCUAGUUAGAAGAUUCAAAAAUAUAUAAGUUUAAAACACAAACAAAAGAAGAAUGUGAAUUAUGGAUCAAAACUAUAUUAAGAGAAUAAAAUCAAACUGAAGUGACAGUUAUAACAUUAGAAGCUAUCGUAAUAUUUAAUAUAUAUAUUAUUAGUAAAUAGGAAAUGGGAAAAUGCCUAUUAUAAAAGAUUAUGAUGAAAUUGCAAGGAAGGAAAGAUAAAGAUAGAAAUAAGAAGAAAGAAAAAGAAAAAGAAUUGAAAAAGAAAAUGAGUAAAUAUAUGUUAUAUAAUCUAGAUUAAAAAAAAAGUAAAUGGAAUUGAAAUUACUUUAAUAAUAAUAAUUGAAAGAAUUAGGUGAUAAACCAUAACCUCAUUAAGUAGAAGUAUUUGAAUAAUAAAGGAGAUCGGUAUAGAAUGAAUAUAAUAUAAUUAUAGGGUGAUACUACUAAAAAAACUACUUCUUGUUGGACUUCAUUUUUGAUAGCUUUAGGAGUUGAAAGACCUAAGUGA